UGGGUAUACACACACAUUUAGUUAUUCAUUGACUCAUUUUUUUCUGCAUUUAGGUCUUACAGGGUUAAAACACCAGUUGGUUGCGACCAAUGAUCGAUUGUCCCCCGUGUCUCCAGAAUGGUACGGUCCGUUGCCUAGGCGCCAGUAGAAGCCAAUUCUGUCCGCCACGCCUGUCCUCAGCACUUGGCAUUCUUGUCCCUGUUACCCUUUAAAAGCAGAACUCAAUGACUGUUGUCACAGAUGGAUCACAACAACAAUGGGAGAGAUGAAGUUUGAGAAUCUGCUUAUCUACAGCACAUUAUUACAAACCGACUCCUGUUCUGUUGGGUACCAUGUAGACAGAACUGCUGUUUGGGAUCAGUAUAUUCACUACUGAGGAAUAAGUAGAUGCACCUUCACCAAACUUCAGUAAAAUGGAUCACGAAGAGGCAUGGACAGAGCUGGACCAGAUUUCUAUGCGGCUUCAAGAGGAUGGUUUGCCUCCUGCUGCCAGUGCGGAGGAGAGACAGCGCCACCUGUGGCAGCAGCUGCUCAACAGCGAAGCAAAGCUUCAGUCGGCCACCCAGGAGCUACAAACCCUACGGCUGCAGCAGGCCAAUGAGAUGAAGGAGGUGGAGAGCUACGUUGCACAUAUCCGUGGGCUGUUGGAGGAGCGUGAAUGUCUGACUGCAGACUAUGAACGAGACAAUGAACACUUGCGACAUGAACUCCACCAGAUCAGACACCAACAAGAGAGCCAGAGCAAGGAGCUGGCAGAGAUGCUGGCCCAGGAGGACCUCGGGGAGAUGGGCCUGAGCAGCCCCAGUGAGCAGGUGGCUUACUUGCUGGUGGAGAGGGCCACGCUGCUGGAGAGGCUGGAGGCUGCUGAGAGGAGGCUGGAAAGUCAGAGUCUCUGUGGCAGCUUCAAGGAGGUUCACCACCAGGAGCAUAUUGGUGGCACGAUGGGGCAGGACCUAAAGCAGCAGAGGGAGGAUAUACAGAAGACCAUAGAUAGCAUGACGAAGCCUUCAUCCCAGAGUCCUUGGAAGAAGCUGUUUGGCCUGCGCAGGUCUGGUCAGAGCAAACACAAUAUUACCCCUGCCUACAGCGAGGAGAUCUCCAAAGAGCGGCUGGAAUGGGACCUGGAGGAGGCGUCCAGGAGGCUGGCGAUGGCUCAUCAGGACAUCCGCAGACUCACCAAUGAGCUGGACGCUGCCAAAAACAACAAAGUCGACCCAAGCGGAUCUGAGCUUCAGGGAACAGUCCAAGAAGUAGAGAACCUGAGGAAGGAAGUGGACAAACUGAAACACUGUGAUAUGAUGAAGCUGCAGCGAGCCAAAGAGCAAAACGACCGACUGGAAGCCGAGAACAGAGCUCUGAGGGAGAGAAUACGCAUUAUGGAGUCCGAGAAUAAAAAUCCCAGGGGCCAGAUGACAGUAAACGAUGCAGCCAGAGAGGAUCAAAAGGACGUUAGCGUUGAAUCUCAGAGCAACACGUCUGCCCUGUCAGCUCAAGAAAAGGAUCACAUUCACAAACGGUGUCAGGAGGCGGUGGAAGAUGGGCUUGUUCAGGUCCGGGAGCUGCAGAGGCAACUCCAGAGGCUUCGCCAAGGACAGGAAGAGCUGGAGGAGAGGAACGAGGAGCUGGAGGCCCUGCUGGGGGAGGCCCAGAACGCCAGCAAGGAGGAGAGGCAUCGCCAUGAGGGAGAACUGGAAGGGCUGCACAGGAGGAUCAAAAGCCUGGAGGCAGAGUUAAAGAAGCAGGAUGCCAAAGAAAAAAUGCUGAAGAACGGAGAGGAAGUCAAAACCACCGAGUCCUACCUACAGCUGCACCUGAGGGACAGCAGCCAGGAGAGACUGGCUCUGCUCGAGGCUCGUCUGACUGAGGAGAAAGACUGGAGGAAGCAGCUGGAGUUGGACCUCAGUGCUGCUCAGGCGGCCCUCAAAAAAGAUAAAGAGGCUUUGCAGAUAGGUGAGAAAGAGCUAAAGAAGCUGAGAGUUGAGGUGAACAGUCUUCAGACCGAAUGCCAACAGGGGAAAACACUCAUCAAGAGCCUCACCCAAGUCAAAGGGGAAAAAGCAGUUCUGGAGGAAAAGGUGGCCCAGAUGGAGCGAGCCCACAGCAGACUCCAGAAGGAGCUGGAGCGCUACAAGGACAGCAGCCAAACCCAGGAGGACCUGAGGGAGAACAGGCUUCAGGUGGACCAGCUGCAGGAGCAGGUUGACCGGCUGACAGCUGAACUCGGCAGCCUCCAGACGGCACACGAUACACUGAGGGAUGAGACGUCCUCCGAGCGGCUGCAGACCGCUGAGCUCCAGGCCCAGCUGAGCUCCAGCGUUCAGGAGAAGCUGGCGGCUGAAGGAGACAAAGAGCGACUGGAGCUGGAGAUAAAGCGCCUCAACAAGCAGCUCCAGUGGCAUCAAGAGCAGCUAUCCUUCACAAAGGAAGCACUUAGUAGCAGCCAGAAGCCUGAACUCCACACAGCACAGGCUGAAUCUAGACUCAGUCCAGUGGAGAAGACCAAGGAUGAGAGCUUUGGUCAGCUUUCAUGUUUGAAGGAGGAGCUGAAUCGUCUGCAGAUGAAGCUAGAGGAGGAGCGGCAGCUGGCCUCUCAGCACCAAAUGGCCCUUCAGGCUCAGGUCAAUGAAGCCCAGGCACGCGUCAAGUCCCAAGACUCGGUGCUGAGCCAGAAGGCCGAGGAGGCCAAACAGAUGAAGCAGGACCUGCAGAGGGCCCAGAGCCUGUUCACGUCAGCAGAGAGAGAGCUGCGCUACGAGAAGGAGAAGAGCGUGGACCUGAAGCGACACAACACUCUGCUGGACCAGGAAAAGCUCAAGCUUUGUGCAGAAGUGAAGCAGGUACAAAACAAGCUGGUCCAGGUGGAGCAGAAAGUUCAGACUCAGGAGGCUGAAUGUGAACGUCAGCAGCAGAAAAUCAGGGAGCUGGAGCUGGAGCUGGCUCGCAGCUCCACAAACCGCAGCGCCACCACCAGUCUGCAGGAGGACCUACAGGCCGAGAGGGCACGGCUCAUUGCUGCUGACAAGAAGGUGUUGGAGCUGCAGCAGCAGCUGAAGAGUGCCCAGCACCAGCUGCGUGUGGAGGAAGCUCGGGCCAGCGAGAGCAGCCGCCUGGAGAGGGACAGCAGGGAUCUGUCUGACGCCCUGUCAGCCCUGAGAGCCCAGCAGCAGGAGGAGCACAUCACCAGGAAGCUGUUGGAGCAGCGUGAGGAGGAGCUGCAGCAGCAGGUGCGAUCCCUGAGGCUGAAGGAGGCUUCACUGACCAGAGCAAACACAGAGCUCAGCCACCGCGUUCAGCAGCUGGAAACCCGUCUGUCCAUCCUGGAAACUGAGCUCAGCAAGGCCAGAGAGGAGGCUAAAGACAGCCAGAAGUCCAGCCUCAGACUGCAGGAGGGGCUGGUGGCCUGUCAGCAGGAGAGUGAAAGACUGCAGGAGGAGCUGCAGCAGGUUCUCCUCCAAUGUGACGCACAUGUCAGGAAGUACAAUGAAAAGCAGAGCCAGCAUAAGACCAAGCUCCGUCAGGCCAAACAGCUGUUUCUGAAGGCGACAGCUCAGAGGGACUGUACCAUCCAGAAACUGGAGAACGACCUGCUUCUGGCCUCCAGCCUCUCACACAAGGAGAAGGAGAGGAUUCAAACGGUGAUGGAGGAAAAUGAGAAGCUUUUGGAGGAGAAGAGGGAGCUGUUGCAUAAGAUAAGCGAGGCCGAGGAAAUGGGCAGCAAAGGCAUGAGGACCGCCUCGACAGUCCAGCACAGGGUCAACGUGUUGGAGGUGGAAAACAGACAACUGCAGGACCGAACUCUGAAGCUCUCCAAUCAAGUCAGCUCCUUAGAGCGCGCCUUGAGGAACGUCCAGUCGUUCUACAGCCUGGAGAACGCCAAAAAAGUGCUGCCCUCUGACAGUCGCUCGCUCGGCGUCCUCCAUACGUCUGCACUCAGUCUGACAGCAGGCUCCUGCGACCCGCUGGAUAUCUUGGACGCGAUCUGCCGUGCGAAGGGCGACCGUGUGGCGGGGGACGGCACCCGGGCGUCUUUCUCCACCCACCAGCCACCGGAGCAGGGAUACCUGAACCUCACCUCCCCGCUGCUUCCUCCAGCCUCCACCACAGGCCCAGAGGAGAACUCUAAUAGCAGUGAGCAGGUAUGAGGAGGCUCUGUUUGAAACAACUCGAGAAGAUCAGUGCUGCAAGCAUUAAAGGGGAACUUUGGUUUUUUUCAACCUGGGGUCUGUUUUCAUGUCAUUUCUUACAUGUGAGUGAUGGAGAAAUGAAUUUUAGACAUAGCUCCAGUAUUUAGCCAGGCAGGCAGCUUAGCAGCUCAGCUAGCAGCUCAGCUAGCGAAAAGUAUGGGGCAGCUGGCCCCCCCGCGUCAAAGUCCGCCCAAACGUGCUUUUUUUCCCACACUGACCGGCUCAACAUACUAGAGAUGAGAAGUGAACGGAUUACCGCAUCAACUGGAGUUUCAGGGUCCAUUUGUAAAAUGUUUAGCUACAACUUUAGCGUUUCCUUCUCCGAGUACGGUAUUCUGUGAAAGCUGCGCGAAGUGUAGCGCACCAUUCUGUUGCCACAACUCGGAAAUGCGCACUGACGACCCAUUAGUUUUACCAGGUUUAGAAAAAACUAAUUGUUCUGUAAUCCGACACAAAAUCGCUCCACUCGUCUCUCUUCACCUGAGGCAAACAGCUGUUUCCCCCACUGGUGUUUUGGCGCGAGCUAUCGCGCGAUUUCGGAACGAGAUUUGCUUUCUAGCAUCCCGAGAUUUGGAUACAGACCACAACAAAUGUGGAUCGCCAAGUAAUGUGGAGGUUUUCGUUCACUUCUCAUCUCUAGUAUGUUGUGGGACACUCUUUGAGACUAUCUGAGCCGGUCAGUGUGGGGGGAAAAAGCACGUUUGGGCGGACUUUGACGCGGGGGGGCCAGCUGCCCCAUACUUUUCACUAGCUGAGCUGCUAGCUGAGCUGCUAAGCUGCCUGCCUGGCUAAAUACUGGAGCUAUGUCGAAAAUUCAUUUCUCCAUCACUCACAUGUAUGAAAUGACAUGAAAACAGACCCCAGGUUGAAAAAAACAAAGUUCCCCUGUAAGUAGCACUGAAGCAGCCGCCAUUUCAGACAGAAGCCUGAAUAAAAUAGUGAAAGAAUAUGUAGAAUGCAAAUAAAAACAAACGGUAAUAAUGAAAGGGAGCUUCCACUGCAGUUCUGCUCAGGGUACCAGUAUUGUGAUCCAAGUCCAAGCUGAGAGUGAAAAGAAAAAGCCUGUGUGAGUGUCAAUCAUUCUUUAUUCCAUAUUUUUAAGAAAAGAGGAUGUAAUGGGAGAUUUGAAGCCAAACACGUGGUACAAUCUUGUUUCCUGCUGAGGGACUCGGCCAGUUGUUUGCACCAGCAGCAAAGCAGGUCAGAACGAUUGAAAGCCUCGUACUGACUCAUGGGAACGACUGUUAUGGUGUUUAUUUAUACAGUCGUAGAAAAAAUGAUCAGACCAGCCUCGUUUUCUUCGAUUUCGUGUUUAUUUUAAUGCCUGGUGCCACUAAAGGUAGAUUUGUUUGGACAAAUAUAACAACAAAAAUAGCUGAUAAGAGUUUAAUUUCAGAGCUGAUAUCAGACAUUUUCAUAGUUUUCCUGAUAAUAACCAAAAUCCCUUCAGUUCUUCCAUCAGUAGCUAUGGUGUUGUUCUGCAAAAAACAGCUUUUAAGAUUCCAUCUGUUUUAGUCCCAUGAUCCACACAGGAGUUAGAUGUUUCCUCUGGCGACCAGCUAGCAGUUUGGUAGAACCAUGCUGGGUUUGUUUUUUCUUGGUGUAAUGAACGGCUGUCUUGGAGAUCUUCAGUUUUUUCUCUACCUGUCUCUCACUCAUGAUGGCUGCCUUUGUGGCUUCACAUAAUUCUUUAGUUUUAGGCGUUAUGUGAGAGCUGACAACUUCUGCUACGGCUUGAAUGUCAGCAGAAACCACUCUAUGGCUUUAAAAUGUCCUCAUAUAGGCUGGAAUACAGUGAAGCUGAAGCAUGUCAAAUAGGACAUAAAGUAUGACGGAAUCAGCUGCGUUUAUAGUCGUGUUCAUUCUAUUCUUCAGGUAAUAAACCUUUAGUGGUAGCAGGCGUUGACAUGAGCAAGAAAUUGAAGAAAGCAAGCGUGGUCUGAUCAUUUUUCCAGUGACUGUACUGUAUGUCGUAUAUAAAGCUGCAGGAUAACACGAUGCACGUCACACUAGUGCAGUAAAUGCCAGAAACGCAUUUGGUGAGGAAUAUUUGUACGAGACUUUUAUAAACUAAGCACUUUAAGUUUUUCUUGUGUUUACAUUUUGGAAAACUGUAGCAGUGGGAAAUGAAUGGUGUGCAUUUUUCCCGUUAAAUUCAACGUUGGCAGUGUUUGGAUGCCUAAAAAUGCCUACGGUGUUGUAUGUUUGUGGCUUUACUGUGUCAAAAAGUCUUCAAACAUAUCAGUGUUUUUACUCUUUGCAUAUUCAUCCUGACAUCACAUAACACUGAUCAUUUUGUGGCAAACAUUGGGCUCCACUUUAAAAUAGGUCAUUAUUUACUAGCUUGAUAGAUUCAGCCACUCCAGUAUUUCCAAUGUGCACCUUUAGUUUAAGUAAAAAUCCAGAGAAACCACAGAAUUUCACACGUUUUUUGUCUGUUUUGAAUUUCUAGUCAACCUCAGAUUUCUUCCAGGGACUCAGAAACUAAUUCUACUUUAGCCACAUACGUGUACUUUAUUCAUGGCAUUAAAUAUUAUUUUGUACCAUCACAGCUGUAUUCAGUGGGAGCGUUUAUCUUCAAUGUGCCUGAGAGGAUGAAGUGUUUAACUUUAUCUUGCUGCUGCGUCAAAAAGCCUUUUUGAGAAAAACCGAGACGAACUCGACGAGAAACUUUUGUUGUAUUUUGUACGGAUCCGUUUUAUAAAAGCAAAACUAUUUUUAUAAAUAAAAGCUGAUGAAUAACAAAUGCA